AUUUCCCAGAAAUCCCAACAAACAGAAUACUCUUUGAGCGUUGUUCACCCUGUUGCACCUCUCUUCUCCCAAUUGAUCAAUAUCCUCGAAUACACUUCCGAAAAUGGCAUUGGCUAGAGGCACUACAAGACAGGUGCUGAGGGCGUCUCAGAUUGCCUCUCGGUCAUUUGUCCCGGCUUCUCGCUACUACUCGACCGCAGAAUCUGACCUCAAGACCACUUUCCAAAAUGCUAUCCCCGCAAAGAAGGAGUUGUUCCAGGAGGUCAAGAAGCGUGGUGAGGACGUCAUUGGCGAGGUGACCAUUGCCAACACCAUCGGAGGCAUGAGAGGCCUGAAGGCCAUGGUUUGGGAGGGCUCCGUACUAGACGCCAACGAGGGCAUCCGCUUCCACGGCAAGACCAUCAAAGAUUGCCAGAAGGAGUUGCCAAAGGGCACUUCCGGAACUGAGAUGCUCCCCGAGGCGAUGUUCUGGCUGCUACUCACCGGUCAAGUUCCGACCACCCCCCAGGUCCGAGCGUUUUCCCGUGAACUGGCAGAGAAAUCACUUCUUCCUCAGCACAUUCUGGACCUUGUCAAAUCUUUCCCCAGGACAAUGCACCCAAUGACCCAAUUAUCCAUCGCAGUUGCGGCUUUGAACACCGAGUCCAAGUUUGCCAAGGCUUACGCCGAUGGUCUCAACAAGGCUAGCUACUGGGAGCCUACCUUUGAUGACAGUAUUGCUCUCCUCGCCAAGAUCCCCCGCCUCGCAGCAUUGGUCUUCCGCCCCAAUGAGAUCGAGAAGGUGGGCAAACAGGAGCUCGACCCCGCCCAGGACUGGGCGUACAAUUUCGCAGAGCUCCUUGGAAAGGGCGGCAAGGCCAAUGAAAGCUUCCACGACCUUCUCAGGCUCUACCUCGCCCUUCACGGUGACCACGAGGGUGGAAACGUUUCCGCCCACGCCACUCACCUCGUUGGAAGCGCCUUAAGCGAUCCCUUCCUCAGCUACAGCGCUGGUCUCCUCGGCCUUGCCGGUCCCCUCCACGGCCUUGCUGCUCAGGAAGUGCUCCGCUGGAUCCUGAAGAUGCAAGCCGCAAUCGGCAACAAGUUCACAGAUGCGGAUGUCAAGGACUACCUCUGGUCCACUCUCAAGUCCGGUCAGGUCGUUCCUGGCUACGGACACGGUGUUCUGCGCAAGCCAGACCCUCGCUUCGAAGCUCUGAUGGACUUCGCCAGCACCAGGCCUGACAUAAUGGCCAACCCGGUCUUCCAGCUCGUCAAGAAGAACUCUGAGAUCGCCCCCGGCGUGCUGGCUGAGCACGGAAAGACGAAGAACCCUCAUCCGAACGUCGACGCUGCCUCAGGUGUUCUCUUCCAUCACUACGGGUUCCAAGAACCCCUUUACUACACCGUCACCUUCGGUGUGAGCCGCGCUCUCGGCCCACUCGCCCAGCUCAUCUGGAGCCGCGCCUUGGGCCUGCCCAUCGAGCGCCCCAAGAGCAUCAACCUCCAGGGCCUUCUCAAUUUGUCCAAGAAAUAAAUUCUGUGCCAGUUCUUCUAGAAGCUGAGAAAUGGAGAGAAAUGGUAAGUUUGAUGUAGCUGUUGGGUGCCGUGGAUGAGUAAACCGUCAAAAAUUUAGGUAACUAGAGGAGGGAGGUCGAAAAAUGGACGACAUGAUAUCCAAGCUUGGCAAAGGUGUAUUUUUGUUGUUUUUUUUAUGUCUGUAUUUACAUGUACAUUUAUUUACAUUGAAAUGUUAAUAGAAAGCCAGAUACCAAAAAGUUUUGCGUUAUGUUUACUUUUGUGUUUGCGUUUAUAUUUUUUAAUAUUUUAUAUUGAUAUUCAUUUUUAUCUUUUUUGAGACCUCCUGUCGCGUUUGCUAACUUGCGGUGUAUAAGUUCUCCAUCGAGCUGUCUCCCUGUCAACAGACCGUCAAUCGCUGGAACUGUAGCCAUUUUUUUUUUGUAUAUUAAAAGAAAGAAAAUAAAAGAAAAGAGAAGAAAAAUCGUGAACCUAGUG